UAUGUGUGGUGUGUACUUGAUACAUUUGCUGCAUUUGCAUGUUUUAGGUGUUCCUAGAUAAGACAUUUAUCGUGAGAAAAGUGUAUGCGAAAUGUAGUCGUGUGAUUAAGAAGAAGAACUAUAGUUUUACGUCAAUUCUCUGUAAAACGCAACAACUUCUAGUGUUAUCAGUGUGCAAUUCGUAAUGUUUUAUUUAUAGUCAGGAGAAUUAAUGAGGGAAUGAGUGAAAGUGAUUUUUUUGGUAUGAGGUUAUGGUCUAAAAAUAUUUAUCUUCGCAGUUGAUGAAAGUUAGGGAGUCAUUUGGGUGUGAAAAUGAGUUGGUUAAGGAGUAGCCCGUUGAGGAAUAGUUUUGGGAAACAAUGGUCGAGGGAUUCACCUCCUAAAGAUGCUGAUCCCACUGCGUGCUACGAUAGCUUCUGUAAACACUGGCAGCAGACGCAUGAGAUCAUCAGGCAGGCCAGGUCGAAUAAUGGAGUGCCGCUGCACGACGACAUCCUUGCAGUUGUCAACCACAUUGACCAAAUGGUGACACUCUUAUUGCUGGAAUUCAGGAACAGUGUUGGGCUUAAUCAUCAGCAUCAGCAAAUGACAAAUACCCCCUCGCACUCCCCCUGUUUGGAGUAUUUACUGAGUGAGAAUCUAUUGGACGAUCUUUCCGAAUGGAGCUUAACUGCAGGAAGGUACACCAACACAAUUCGUCUGGAGCAGAUGAAGCUCUUCGAAAUCCUGGUAUCGUUCAAUGGCUCGCUUCUCGCUCACGAACCAGUAGCCAGACCCCUCCUAAGACUCCUAGAAGCCUGUGCCCACGAUAUUUUGCCACUUGACGUCGAGAAGAAAUUAAUAGUCUUAUUGAACGGACUUUGCGUUGCUCUAAUGCAGAAUCUAGCACUACUCGACGUAUUCUUUCAUCCCAACGCACCUGGGGAGCGUAAAUUCAUAAUAUUUUCACUGCUGAUGCCUCAUAUUCACCGAGAGGGAACAGUUGGACAGCAGGCGAGAGACGCGAUGCUCCUGUGCAUGGCUUUAUCCAAAAGAAAUAAUGACAUUGGUAUUUACAUUGCUGAGCACUCGAAUGUUUGUCCAGUUCUUGCUACUGGUAUCAGCGGACUUUACUCUGUCCUUCCGAGGAAAUUGGACAUUGAAACUGAAGACUGGCACCGCUUGACACCAGAUGAUGUGAAUGAUAUUCCAGCGUUGGAUCACUUGAUGCAUUCCUUCGAGUUCUGCAAUGCUGUAGCCCAAAUUGCUCAUCCUCUGGUGCAAAAUCAACUUCUGGAGUACCUUUAUCAAGGGUUUUUGGUGCCUGUCAUGGGACCUGCAUUGCUGCAGCCUUCUUUGGAGGAUUUAGUCUCUGCAACUGCUUAUUUCGAUCUUUUUUUGAGGUCUGUAACGGAUCCUGGAUUGCUGCAGACAUUGAUCAAAUUUCUGCUGGAGGAAAAUUAUGAUGAGUGUAGGAUUCUUGAUAGUUUGAUCCAGAGGAUAUCGUCGAGAUCACGAUUAUGCAUCGUGACAUUAGCCCUAUUCGAGACCCUAGUGGACCUAAACAUUGAAGACAUAAUGCUGGAGCUCUGUUUCUCUUCCCUGACGCCCUGCUCCCACGUGAUGCUCUCCCAGCGUCGUCGAAUGCGUGACUUGGACUCCUACGGUUCCACCGCCAAGAAGUUUCUCUCCCUGCGCCCCAGUUGUUGCCUCUCCUGGAGCAAUACAGUAUUACAAUCAAACUCCAAACGUAUCAACAAACCCGAUAACAGGCAAACCCCAAACUCCCCCAACUGGUUAAUGAACUAUGGCUCAAGAGUGGGCGAGAGUCUAUAUGGAAAUUAUCAUGCAUAUUUGUUCGAUGCGAGACAAAAAAUCGUGUCCUGCCAGAUCGGCUGCUCUUACUGGUCCUCUCAGUACAAUGGGAUCACCCUGGGGGAGGACAACGACAGUGACAGCAUCUCUGGGUCGACUACCAAUGACUCGAGUCAAUUAUCUUCCGCCCGAAACUCGACAGAACGUGACUUGAGCUUUAAAUUUCAGACUUUACCACGUGAAGAAAUUCUGGAUAAUAUCAAGAGUCUUUUGGCGGAUGAAGCAGACACGAUUGCAGAGAGUCUGACAGAAGACGUUGACAUGAGUGAAAUUAACGAAAACAUGAGUCACUUCGUGGGUAAUGUCGACAAGGAUCGAUUGAACGCUGACAUCGAUGCGUUGCUCAACGAAGAAAUUGAGAUAUCGCAGAUUUACGAGGAAAGUCUGAAGAAGAAUGGAGAGUCCACCAAUCCAGUGGACUCAAUGUUUUCUCUUGGUGAUAGUAGUGGAUACGAGAGUCUUGCCAUGAAAAGUUCACCUGAUUUCACACCUACCAAUGAGUUUGAGGAUGAAAAAGGUGGAAAGAAGGAUGGAAAUAACGAGAAUGGAAAUGGAAAUGAGGAUGUCAUUAUUAAUGGGAGAGAAUCGAUUGAGGUCAACGUGAAGAUCAAGAAUGAGGGGAAGAGGAAGGAGAGUGUGAUCAAUGAUAAACCGAGUGUGGGAAUUUUCUUGGAUGUUAUUCUGAGGAAACUCGAGUGCUUGACUAGCAAUAAUCUUUAUGUCAAUUUACAUUUGACUGGGCUUAUCAGUAGAUUGGCGGUUUAUCGUCAGCCAUUACUGCAGUCGUUUCUGCUGAACCCUUCUUUGGUCUUCCAACCGAGUAUUAGAUCGUUAUUUCAGAUCUUGGCAUCAUUAAAGAACAAAAUAGAUCAGUAUUUAUCAAAAGUGGAGAAUGUCGAUAAUUUAGUAGAGCAAGCCCGUGCAUUUCUUAUUGCCAGAGAAUACAGGCUUGUGAAUACAAGGCGAAAUGCAUUAAAAACAACCCAAAGUGUCAAAAAAGAACCAGAAAAAGUUCCUGUGGAGCCUUUUUCUAGGAGCGAGCCAAAAAGACGAAGUUUAACAUCUUCUUUAACACAAAUAUUCAAAUGGCCUGGCACGAGUGCCCUCCCAAGUCCACCAGCACACAAAAGAACCGAUGAGCAAUUAGAAAUGACCAGUGAUGGUGCCAGCAAUCGAGCAGAAAUGUUAUCUUCGUUAUACAAGACAACACCCACUCAACAUGUUGUACUUUGCGCAGUCCUCAUGGACGAGUGGUUGAAGGAGCUAGCUGCUAUAGUCCAGGAGCAUGUAAUCUUAUCACUUACAAACAGCAUAGAAUUUUGAGAGUUUUUAACUUUAUUAUGGUUUUGUUAAUAUUUUUUUCUUAUAACGACAAUCGCAAUGGAGAGUAUCUAUUAUAUCCCGGAAUCAUGAAAGUAAAGUUGGAGAAAUGUAAAUAAGAAUCAUGUAUUAGUGGAGCACAUCAGAGUGCUUUUGGUGAUUUUAGAAAGAAUUGACUAAUGAUUUUUUUUUUGCUUGUUGACUAUAUUGUAUGAUUUUAUUUUAUUCGAGACUCUUCGAUGUAUGGGGGAACUGUAUUGAGGAGAGUAUGUGAAUAAACAAAUUUACAAUGUUUUAA